AUGUCCCACGACGACAAAAUCGCCAUCUUCCCCGCCUCUGGCGGCAUCAGCGGGGGCACGUACCGACACCUCGCCGACCUCAUCGACGCGCGGCGGCUCAUCCUCGUGUCGCGGCACCCGGAGAAGAUCGACCCCAAAUACGCGGCGGGGGGCGCCGCGGUGCGGCGCGGCGACUACGAGCGGGCGGAGGCGCUCGAGGGCGCGUUCGCGGGCGCGCGGGUCCUCAGCCUGGUGUCGCACGCCAGCGUCUCGCACCGGCGCCGGUUCGGCCUGCACAAGGCGGCCAUCGACGCGGCGGUGCGCGCGGGCGUGACGCACGUCUUUUACUCGUCGCUGGGCUUCGCGGGGGCGCGCGACCGGCCGGACCACACCGUCGCGCACGUCAUGAAGGCCCAUCUCGACACGGAGCGCUACCUCGCGUCGCUGGCUGCCGAAAGCGACGGCAAGUUCACCUACACCAUAGUGCGCCAGGGCCUCUACACCGAGUCCUUCCCGCUGUACCUCGCCUUCCUCGACGUGGCGCGGCCGCCGGCGCAGCUCCCCGCCGAGGUGCGCAUCCCGCACCCGGGCACGGGGCCGGGCAUCGCGUGGGUGAAGCGCGACGAGCUGGGCGAGGCGACGGCGCGGCUGAUAGCCCGGUACACGUCUCCCUCUUCCUCCUCCCCUGAACACGAUGAGCCGGCCGAGCGGCAGCGGCAGCGGUACCGCAACGCGACGCUCCUCCUCUCCGGGCCGCGCGAGAUCUCGCUCGGCGAGAGCGCCGCCAUCAUCGGGAGGGUGGCGGGGCGGUCCGGCGGCGACAUCGAGGUCCGAGAGGUCUCCGUCGACGAAUGGGCGGCGCAGGACUGCGUCAGGGGCGUGUCGCCGUACCUGACGGUGGCCGACGGCAUGGACCGGGCGUGGGCGACGUCGUGGGCGACGUCGUGGGACGCGCUGCGGGAGGGCGAGGGCGCCGCCGUCACGGGCCAUCUGCGCGAGUUGCUCGGUCGGGAGCCCGAGGCGUUUGAGACGACGGUUGCGGCCAUGGUGCGGGCCGCCAGGCAGAAGGAGGAGGGGGAGGUGGUGGCAUGA